AAGACUCUAAAUACCGUGAUGAAACUGCGAGAGCAUCCGAUCUUUCUCAGGAAGAAGCACCAUCAUCCGCGUGCCUUGUUUCGGUGACGUCCAACCUUGCAUCAGGACUUCAGGCGCUUGUCUCUCUGCCUGACGAUCAUCCAUCAUGUCAACUUUGAAGAGCAUCAUUAAGAAGCUCGAGGUGCCGACUCAUAAUGAUGAAGUCAACCCGGAUGGCACCGCUCACUGGCUUCUAAACCGAGAUAUCAUCCCUCUUCCUCCAAAUCGCCGCACGUGGGGCCCCUGGUCUUUCGUUGGCCUAUGGAUGUUGACGGCCGUUAACAUCUCUGGAUGGACCUCUGCUUCCUCACUGCUUGCUUUGGGCCUCAACGUAUGGCAAGCCAUGGUUGUCGUUAUCAUUGGCGAGCUGCUUGUCGCUGCUUGUGUAGUCGGCAACGGUUUCGUAGGCGCCAUGUACCAUAUUCCUUUCCCGGUCUACAACCGUUUUGUCUGGGGUAUUUUCGGUUCCAUCCUACCUCUCCUCAUGCGCAUCAUGCUUUCUUUCGUAUGGUACGCCUGCCAGCUGUGGUUCGGUGGCCAAUCUGUCAAGGUUGUGAUCGGUGCCAUCUGGCCCUCCUUCUACACACUUCCCAACACACUUCCCCCAAGUGCGAACAUGGAGCUGAAUGACUUCAUUGCAUUCAUCAUCUUCACGGUCAUCUCCCUGCCCCUGAUCUACAUUCCCCCCGAGUACUACCGCAAACCAUUCCUUGGCGCAUCUAUCUCGAUCACCAUCACGGCCUUCACAAUUUUAAUCUGGGCCCUUGCCAAGGAGCAUGGUGGUGGACCCAUGCUGACCGCGGCAUCUCAAGUGUCUGGCGUCGUUGCUCCGACCGGUAGCAAGCUGGGCUGGGCUUUCGUUUACGGCAUCAACACCGUCAUUGGUGGUAUCUGUGCUGGUAUUCUUAACCAGUCCGACUACACCCGCUUCGCUGUCAAGCCAACCGAUCAGAUUUGGUCCCAGGCCAUCAUCGUCCCCGUCGCUUCAUCGCUGACCGCCUUCAUCGGCAUCAUCGUUACCUCUUGUGCAGCUGGAUUCUACCCUGACGUCAAGGAGUUGCUCUGGGCCCCGUACGCCUUGCUCACCCAGAUUCAGUUCCAUGGCGGCCCUGGGGCCCGUGCAGCUGUCUUCUUCGGCGGGUGCGCAUUUGUCCUUGCGCAGUUCGGAAUCAACGUUGCCGGUAAUGCCAUUUCCGGUGGUAUCGAUCUUUCGGGUCUGUUCCCUCGCUUCCUCAACAUCCGCCGCGGUGCCUAUCUCACUUCGAUUGUUGGUGUUGCCAUUUGCCCCUGGCAGCUGCUGAACGUUCCGAGCACUUUCCUUACCGUACUCUCUUCGUUCUCAGUCUUCCUCGGGCCUUUGACUGGCUGCAUGAUAGCCGAUUUCAUUAUCGUGCGGAAUUGGAAGCUCAAGCUCACCGACCUGUACAAGGCCAACGACGAGUCCAUCUACUUCUUUUACAGGGGUGUCAACCCGCGUGUUGUUAUCGCUUGGGUGAUGGGCGUCUGGCCUCUGAUGCCCGGCUUCAUCGCCGCUGUCAACCCUUCUGUGACUGUCUCCGAAGGUUGGACACAUAUGUAUCAGCUCGCGUACCCCGCCGGGUUUGUCAUCUCCGCCACGCUUCAUGUUACAUUGAGCAAGAUCUGGCCUCCCCGUGGCUUGGGCGAGGUUGAUGCGGAGGAUUACUUUGGUACCUUCGGGCCGAAGACCGAGUACAUCCCUGGCGUCGGUGAGGUCUACGCAUCCUCCGAUGAUCACCUAGACGAGAAGGAACCCGUCGUCAACAGCCAUGCCGCUGUUGUCGCGUAA